CGCGGUUUUGCCUCCCUGCAGCUCACGUCGACAUACAUCUACCUGGUUCUUCCAGAAAGUCUAUACAACUGCCAACUUUUUUUUCUCCACCAUCCCCAUUGCGCAUCAAACCUGUGAAUGAAAGUUGCAGCACGUUAAACUCCAGACAGCAACUGACAAGAUGGCGGUGAAUGUCAUUAUCAAACACCAGGGCACCAAAUAUGAUGUCGAGGUGGACCCUUCCGCAACGGGUGCGGAGUUCAAGGAGAUCGUCUACAGCCUAACAGCCGUCGAGCCCGAACGACAAAAGAUCCUGAUCAAGGGUGGUCAGCUGAAAGAUGACGCGGACAUGGGCAAGCUUGGCCUGAAGAAUGGUCAGCAGAUUAUGAUGAUGGGCACCCCGAGCGCCGGUGGAGGAGAACUGGCCCGGCCAAAGGAGAAGAUCAAGUUCAUGGAGGACAUGACCGACGCCGAGAGGGCCCAGCAGGUGGGCGCGAUCCCAAGCGGCCUGACCAACCUGGGCAAUACCUGCUACCUCAACUCGACCUUGCAGACGCUCCGGGCGAUACCCGAGCUCCAAGAAUCUCUGGUCAAGUACGAGUACAAGAGCCAACCGGGUUCCAGCGCCCUCGGCGUCCUGCCCCAGUUCGACAUCACGACACAGUUGAAGAACCUUGUCAAGGCGAUGGGCGAGACACAGGAUUCCUUUGCGCCAUUUGCUUUCAUCCAGGCCCUGCGUCAAAGCUUCCCCCAGUUCGCGGAGAGGUCUCGCACAGGGCAGGGCUAUGCGCAGCAGGAUGCCGAGGAGGCCUGGACCAACAUCCUCUCCCAGGUCCGUACGAGCCUGCAAAUCAAGGGCCCAAACGAUUCUGCCCCCGUCUCGUGGGUCGACCGAUACAUGUCUCUUCAGCUCGAGUCGAAGCUAGAGUGUGACGAGCAGGAAGCCCGAGAGCGGGGCGAGCAGCCUAUUGAGGCCAUUGACAGGCACCUGAAGCUCAACUGUCAUAUCGAUGCCGAGACCAACCACCUGCGAGACGGAAUCUUGGCUGGCCUGACAGAGAAGAUCGAAAAGAGGUCCGAGGUACUAGGCAGGGACGUAUCUUAUACUAGGUCGUCUAAGAUCUCGCGGUUGCCCUUGUACCUGACCGUUCAAUUCGUUCGCUUCUUCUGGAGGAGAGACACGCAGAAGAAGGCCAAGAUCCUCCGCAAGGUCACCUUCCCAAAGGACCUCGACAUCAUGGAGUUCUGCACGGACGAGCUGAAGCAGAAGUUGAUCCCAGUCAGGGACAGGCUUCGAGAGGUUCAGAAGGACGAGGAGGACAUCACGCGGGCGCGCAAGAGGAGAAGGGCACAGCCCACAUCUUCGGAUGCCCCAGCUGAGGCAGCCGAGGCUGACAAGAAGGACAAGAAGGAGGACAAGAAGGAAGGCAAGAAGCCUGCUACAGAUGCUGACGGCGACACGUCGAUGGAGACGUAUAAGACGGACGCGGAGUGGGAGGAGGAGAAGGCAUCGGCGCUCCGUGAGGCGAAGAAGGAGCUCCUCUCGCUGGUCAACCAAGACCUGGCCAAGGACGAUGGCGCGAACCAGUCUGGCCUCUACGAACUCCGGGCCGUGAUUACUCAUCAAGGUUCCAGCGCCGACAGCGGGCACUACACGGCGUAUGUCAAGAAGCCGGGCUCCAAGGAUGCCAAGACUGGCAAGGUCGGCGAGGAGGACGGCAACUGGUACUGGUUCAACGACGACAGGGUGUCGGAGGUAGCCGGCGACAAGAUCGAGACGCUUGCCGGCGGCGGAGAGACGCACUCAGCGCUGAUCCUGCUGUACAAGGCGGUCCCAUUGCCCACCGUGGAGGAGACCCAGUAGAGCCGUUCGGGAACAGGCGAGGCCGGCAGUAUGGUUCACAUGGAAUCGGUGCAGGUGAUGUCUGGUCCGGAGGGUCCGCCGCAUGUGGGAGCACAGCUCAUUCUGACUGGGGACGGAUGGCAAGGGAGCAUUCAACAUGGAUCUAGUCAAGGAACAAGCGAUGCAGUGCUUGCCACGGCGGUACAAAGUGGAGUCUGGAGACUGAGGAACAUUGCCAGCGAUAGAAACUAGAGUGGGUGCACCAUUAUUGCAAGAUUAAUACAAAAAAGCCGUCUCUCGCAG